GCCAAUGAUGGCCAGACAAGAGACAAGCAAUGAAUCAGUGACAAAGUGCUUUUGGAAAUCGAAUGCGUUACGAGUUGUAUUUUCCCGAUGCAUUUCGAAUGGAACUUAACACUUUCGUUUGAUAAAACUGACUCACUAAGACUAAAAACCAACAAGUCUGCCAUUGCUUGUUUGCCUGUCAUUGCAAAAAUUCCAUUAUUAAUACUGAAGAGCCUUUGAUUUCUGAAAAUGUAUCGCCGUUUAAUGUGACACCAAUGUUCGACAUCAAACGAAUCACGUGGUCCAUAAAGGAGAUGUGCUUUCCCAAUGAGGUAUUGCUGACAAUGAUGACACACCUCUUUGACCUGCAAGUCUCCAAAACAAGAGGGUCCGCUAAAUUCGAAGAAUGGCGAAGCCAUCGGCCCCGGUCAUAAUGGACACUACAUGACAAACGAAGCAGUUGUGAUGUCGUCGACGCAGAAAUGAGUCAGUAGAACAAGUUUCUAGCGCCGUCUUGACUUACGAGAACAGAAAAGACCUCGACCAUUGGCAGGGACAGCCGGAGUCACUGCGCCGACAAUGCAAGGAAGGCUUACCCAGUACCGAAGAAGUAACUCUGGGCAUUGAGGGUCACCGGUGGAACUGCAAGGGGUAUUGAAUAUUAAAAUAUUAAAAGGGUAUUGUUCUUUUAUUCAGUUCAGAAGACCAUCCACCGGGAAAAAUAGGCAUUAAACAGCGAGAAUCACGUCGUGGAGACUCACUCAUUACAUUCGAUUUUUUUAAUCGUACAGGAAAUUCGGCUACAAUGCAAAUCGAUACGCAAGAUCCCUGUGGUUUUCCCCAUUUUACCAGGAGGAAAAUUACCCUAGAUAGAAAAAAAUGGAGGGCAAUCUCUGGAGGCGGAAGAGGGACAUCGGCAUCGCUGCCAAAACCAAUAAGAUCAUCGCCAAGGAUUGAGAACCACAUCACCACCGAAGAGAACUAUUGGUCCCUAGAGUGGUCCGAUUACGGCAGAUCUAAACGAGGUCUAAACCUAGCAGAUGGCGCACUAACCGCUUCUGUGACGGUGACUCAGGAGGCUGUCCCGCUCUUCAUCAAAAGCAGACGAGACUCACACGUGGGCUUUGCGAGAAGCUAUUUCCUCGUUGAGAAAUAUGGCACUCGAAGAGGUCGAUCUGUUUCUCAAUUAGGAUCAUUCUACGAAUCCUUCAGCCACGCUAUCCUAUGAUGAGAAACCCUUACGACAUUCCAACAACGCGAUGAAUGGUAUGCAGGAAGCAAUGCAUGGCAAUAAACAAUGCACCGUUUGGCAUGCAGGAAGAAUAGCGGAGACGACUAUGAUGAACUUCCCAGUUUUGACUACUGAACUAGAAACCGUUUUAUAGAACCAUUCACAUGGUUUUGUCUCUCUAUUAUUUCAUUUUAAAAAUGCUAUUGAAAAUUGUUUUUUAUCCGUCAUACGUCAAAAUAGCAAAUCUUAAUUCGUUGUAAUGCAUGAACUCGUUAGCCAAUAAUGUUUGAAGAAGAUGUUUUCAUCUUUCUGCAAUGCGGCAACACAGCAUUGCAUGUCGGAUCUGUGAACGUUUGACAACUCAUUGGUGUUGCAAUAGGUUAAUAGUUUUGUGUCAAUUAAAAUUUCAAUGUAACUGCUGUGUCAAGCGAAAUCUGCAUGUGUCGUGUCAUUGUU